AUGAGGCCGCCGACUGUCGCCCGCUGUCCGGGACGCGCCCUGCGGAACCCCUGGAGUGGCUUCCUGCCACUUACCCUGGCUUUCUUGGUGGGCAUAGGGCAUGCCCAGAGGGACCCCAUGGGGAGAUACGAGCCAGCUAGCAGGGACGCGAAUUGGCUGCGGCGCCCCGGGGGUAGCCACCACGCAGCGGCUGCAGCCAAGGUGUACAGUCUGUUCCGGGAGGAGGACCCGCCCGUCCCGGGCUUGCGGCCGGCAGAGCGGACCCAGCUCAGCUGGGGGAGCCCCAGGAGGCCCGUCGAGACCGAGGCCAGGAGGCCGCCCCGCGCGCAGCAGCCGCGCCGAGUCCAGCCACCUGUGCAGACCUGGAGAAGCAGUCCACUGGGCCAGCAGCAGUCUACACCCCGGGCUCGGGCCGCGCCGGCUCUCCGGCGCCUCGGGACCCCUCAGCGGCCCGGGUCUACACCGCGAGGGCGGCUCACGGGGAGGAAUGUCUGCGGGGGACAGUGCUGCCCAGGAUGGACAACAGCAAACAGCACCAACCACUGUAUCAAACCCGUGUGCCAGCCGCCCUGCCAGAACCGAGGCUCCUGCAGUCGGCCCCAGCUCUGCGUCUGCCGCUCUGGCUUCCGGGGAGCCCGCUGUGAGGAGGUCAUUCCUGAAGAGGAAUUUGACCCCCAGAACUCCAGGCUGGCACCCCGACGCUCCGUUGAGGGGCCGCCCAACUUACGCAGGAGCAGUGCAGCUAGAGGAGGUCCUGUGGCUAGAACACAACCCCUGGAGCCACAGCUGCCACCAGCCGGUGGGCUCAGCCAAGUCCUCCCCUCCCAGCAGCACGUGGGGCUGUCCCGGACGGUCAGACGAUACCCAGCCAGUGCUGCCAGCGGCCAGCUGACUUCCAAUGCUCUGCCAGUGGGCCUGGGCCUGGAGCAGAGGGAUGGUCCCCAGCAGGCAGCAUCUCCGGGCCACCUCUUCUCUCCCUGGGGGCAGAACCUCACAGAGAAAAUCAAGAAGAUCAAGAUCGUCUUCACCCCCACCAUCUGCAAGCAGACCUGUGCCCGCGGGCGCUGUGCCAACAGCUGUGAGCGGGGCGACACCACCACCCUGUAUAGCCAGGGCGGCCAUGGGCAUGACCCCAAGUCCGGCUUCCGCAUCUAUUUCUGCCAGAUCCCCUGCCUGAAUGGAGGGCGCUGCAUUGGCCGGGAUGAAUGCUGGUGCCCUGCCAACUCCACCGGGAAGUUCUGCCACCUGCCUGCCCCACAGCUGGAGAGGGAGACUUUGGAGAGGGGCUCCCGCCACAGGGCCCUGUUGGAAGGCCCCUUGAAGCAGUCCACCUUCACCCUGCCUCUCUCCAACCAGAUGGCUUCUGUGAACCCCUCAUUGGUGAAGGUGCACAUCCAGCACCCGCCUGAGGCCUCCGUGCAGAUCCACCAGGUGGCGCGGGUGAGGGGAGAGGCAGACGUGACACUGGAGGAGAACAGCGUGGAGGCCAGAGGUCAACCCCAGCUCCCCUCGGGCCCAGGCCACAGCCACUGGGACAGCAACAGCAUCCCUGCUCGGUCUGGAGAGCCCCCUCGGGUGCCCCCCGCAGUGCUGCCUAGGCAUCAGGGACUGCUGGGCCGGUGCUACCUGAGCUCUGUGAACGGACAGUGUGCCAAUCCUCUGCUGGAGCUGACUGCCCAGGAGGACUGCUGUGGCAGCGUGGGAGCCUUCUGGGGGGUCUCCUCCUGUGUUCCGUGCCCACCUAGACCAGCCUCCCCAGUGAUUGAAAACGGCCAGCUGGAAUGUCCCCAGGGGUACAAGAGACUGAACCUCACUCACUGCCAAGAUAUCAAUGAGUGCUUGACCCUGGGCCUGUGCAAGGACUCAGAGUGUGUGAACACCCGGGGCAGCUACCUGUGCACGUGCAGACCUGGCCUCAUGCUGGAUCCGUCGCGGAGCCGCUGUGUAUCGGACAAGGCUGUCUCCAUGCAGCAGGGACUGUGCUACCGCUCCCUGGGGCCUGCCACCUGCACCCUGCCUCUGGCCCAGAAGAUCACCAAGCAGAUAUGCUGCUGCAGCCGUGUGGGCAAAGCAUGGGGCAGCAAGUGUGAGAAGUGUCCCCUGCCUGGCACAGAGGCCUUCAGGGAAAUCUGCCCUGCUGGCCAUGGCUACACCUACUCAAGCUCAGACAUCCGCCUGUCCAUGAGGAAAGCUGAGGAGGAGGAGCUGGCCGGACCCUCGAGGGAGCAAAGGCCCCUGCCCCAGCCAGCAGAGAGGCAGUCACUCCGGGCAGCCACCGACACCUGGCUUGAAGCUGGGACCAUCCCUGACAAGGGUGAAUCUCAGGCUGGCCAGAUAACAACCAAUGUCACCUACUUACCUGCCUGGAUCCCAGGUGAUGACAUCAGAAGACCAACACCACCACUGCCUGGACAAGGGAUUCCAGAGACCUGGGAAGAGGAGCAAGUGACCCCCUCCACUGUUGUGCAAGUGACCCUGGCCCCCCCAGGCAUUGAUAGAUGUGCUGCUGGAGCCACUAACAUCUGUGGCCCUGGAACCUGUGAGAAUCUCCCAGAUGGAUACAGAUGUGUCUGCAACCCUGGCUUCCAGCUGCACCCCAGCCAGGCCUACUGCACAGAUGACAACGAGUGUCUGAGGGACCCCUGUGCAGGGAAAGGGCGCUGUGUCAACAGCGUGGGCUCCUACUCCUGCUUCUGCUAUCCCGGCUAUACAUUGGUCAUCUCAGGGGCCACACAGGAGUGUCAAGAUAUAGACGAGUGUGUGCAGUCAUCAGUGUGCAGCGGAGGGCGGUGCAGCAACACGGAGGGGUCCUAUCACUGUGAGUGUGAUCAGGGCUACACCAUGGUCAGGAAGGGACACUGUGAAGAUAUCGACGAAUGCCGUCACCCUGGCACCUGCUCUGAUGGGAGAUGCGUCAACUCCCCUGGCUCCUACGCUUGCCUGGCCUGUGAGGAAGGCUACAGGGGACAGAGUGGGAACUGCGUAGAUGUGAAUGAGUGUCUGAGUCCCGGGGUCUGCACCCAUGGAAGGUGUAUCAACCUGGAAGGCUCCUUUAGAUGCUCUUGUGAUCAUGGCUACAAGGUCACCUCAGACGGGAAGGGCUGCCAAGAUGUGGACGAGUGUACCACCCGGGCCUCAUGCCCUACAGGCCUCUGCCUCAACACCGAGGGCUCCUUUACCUGCUCACCCUGCAAGAGUGGUUACUGGGUGAAUGAAGAUGGCACUGCUUGUGAAGACCUGGAUGAGUGCACCUUUCCCGGAGUCUGCCCCACAGGAGUCUGCACCAACACUGUGGGCUCCUUCUCCUGCAAGAACUGCCAAGAGGGGUACCGGCCCAGCCCCCUGGGCCGCACCUGUGAAGAUGUGGAUGAGUGUGAAGACACCCAGAAUAGCUGCCUGGGAGGCGAAUGCAAGAACACACCUGGCUCCUAUCAGUGCCUCUGUCCCCCAGGCUUCCGGUUGGCCAAUGGCACUGUGUGUGAGGAUGUGGAUGAGUGUGCAGGGGAGGCACACUGUGCGCCCCAUGGCGAGUGCCUCAACAGCCAUGGGUCCUUCUUCUGUCUCUGUGCGCCUGGCUUUGCCAAUGCAGAUGGAGGCACCAGCUGCCAGGAUGUGGAUGAGUGUGCAGCUGCAGACCAGUGUUUGGGGGGACACUGUGUCAACACGGAGGGCUCCUUCGACUGUGUGUGUGAAAUUGGCUUCCGGCCCUCCCCAGAGAAUGGGGAGUGUGUGGACAUCGAUGAGUGUGAGGAUAACAGAGAGCCGGUGUGUGGGGCCUGGAAGUGUGAGAACAGUCCUGGCUCCUACCGCUGCGUCCUGGGCUGCCAGCCUGGCUUCUACAUGGCCCCGACUGGAGACUGCAUCGACAUAGACGAGUGUGCCAAUGACACCAUGUGUGGGAGCCACGGCUUCUGUGACAACACGGAUGGCUCUUUCCGCUGCCUCUGUGACCAGGGCUUUGAGACCUCGCCCUCAGGCUGGGACUGUGUUGAUGUGAACGAGUGUGAGCUCAUGCUGGCGGUGUGUGGGGCCGCCCUCUGUGAGAAUGUCGAAGGCUCCUUCCUGUGCCUCUGCCCCAAUGACCUUGAAGAGUAUGAUGCCCGAGAGGGUCACUGCCGCCCUCGGGUGGCUGGAGCUCAGAGCAUCCCUGAGGCCCCGACAGGAGACCACGCCCCAGGCCCCAUUCGCAUGGAAUGCUACUCUGGGCAGAAGGACCAUCUGCCAUGCUCCAGCCUCCUCCUUGGUGGGAACUCCACGCAGGCUGAGUGCUGCUGCACUGAGGGAACCAGAUGGGGGGAUGCCUGUGACCUCUGCCCAUCUGAGGACUCAGUUGAAUUCAGCGAGCUCUGCCCCAGUGGUAAAGGCUACAUCCCUGUGGAAGGAGCCUGGACGUUUGGACAGACCAUGUACACAGAUGCCGACGAGUGUGGAAUGUUUGGGCCUGCUCUCUGCCGGAAUGGCCGGUGCCUCAACACGGUACCUGGCUACAUCUGCCUGUGCAAUCCCGGCUACCACUACAACAUCUCCCGCAGGAUGUGUGAGGAUCACAAUGAGUGCCAGGACAUGGCCUGUGAGAAUGGCGAAUGUGUGAACACGGAAGGCUCCUUCCACUGCUUCUGUAGCCCCCCGCUCACCCUGGACCUCAGUGGGCAGCGCUGUGUGAACAGCACCAGCAGCACAGAGGACCUCCCUGACCAUGACAUCCACAUGGACAUCUGCUGGAAAAAAGUCACCAAUGACGUGUGCAGCCAACCCCUGCGUGGACACCGCACAACCUACACAGAAUGCUGCUGCCAGGAUGGCGAGGCCUGGAGCCAGCAGUGUGCUCUGUGCCCCCCUAGGAGCUCUGAGGUCUAUGCUCAGCUGUGCAACGUGGCCCGGAUCGAGGCAGAGCGGGAAGCUGGAAUCCACUUCCGGCCUGGCUAUGAGUAUGGCCCAGGUCCAGAUGACCUGAACUACGGCCUCUAUGGUUCAGACGGGGCCCCCUUCUACAACUACCUGGGCCCUGAAGACACUGUGCCUGAACCCCCAUUCCCCAACAUCGUCAGUCACUUGGGAGACCUCACACCAGUCUUUGAGUCUCCUCUGCAGCCAUCCCAACUCCAGCCCCACUACAUGGCCAGCCAUCCAGAGCCCCCAGCCGCCUUCGAAGGGCUUCAGGCAGAAGAGUGUGGAAUCCUGAAUGGCUGCGAGAAUGGGCGCUGUGUGCGUGUGCAGGAAGGCUACACCUGCGACUGCUUUGAGGGCUUCCAGCUGGAUGCAGCCCAUAUGGCCUGUGUGGAUGUGAAUGAGUGUGAUGACUUGAAUGGGCCUGCUGCGCUCUGUGCCCACGGUCAUUGUGAGAACACAGAGGGUUCCUACCGUUGCCACUGUUCCCCAGGAUAUGUGGCGGAGGCAGACCCCCCACACUGUGCUGCUAAGGAGUUGCAGUGA